AUGGCGACCGCAUUGUGUCGCGGGGGCGGGAGGAAGGCUCGGUGCGCGCCCGUUGGUGGGCGGCGCGAGGGCGCGGCGAGCGUUGGCGCCAACGACCGCGGGCGAUCAAACGGCCGCGGCGGGAUGGAGCGGGGGGCGAGGGAGCGCCCGCUCCGCUCCGGGGCUCCCCCGGAGCCGCCCCCGGCCCCCCGCCGCCUCCCGCCGCCCCCCCCGCAGCGGGAGGCCAAGGGCCCCCUCAGGGUGCUGCACAUCAAAGUCGAGGAGCCCGAGCCGGAGGAGGGAGAUCCCCCGGGCUGCCGCGGGGACAGCAGAGAGUCAGGGGCCGAGUUCAGGGGCUCCCCAGCUCCGUGGCGGGGUAAAGAGGAGGCCCGCGGCGCCAUCUGGAGAGAAAGGGACCACGAAAGGGGCAGCGGAGAAAGGCAGAACGAGGUGAAGGUGCUGGAGAGAAGGGGGAAUGGGAAGGAGCCCUGGAGAGGAGGUGCUGUCAAAGUGGAGCCGCCUGACGUGGCCGUUGGGAGCUGCAGGGUGAAGGUGGAAAAGGACGAUGCCCCGGCUGGAUCCCUGUGUGGGCCUGCUCGUGCCAGCACUGAUGACCGCAAGGUGCAGCUGUGUGAGGGGUUUGGGAUCCUCCCUGAAGAUCUGAAGAUCCCAGUUGUGUUUCACCCCUUACCUCCUGGGACCCGCAUACAGAUCCAAGGCCCUCUGCCGUCGGAGCUGAUCCACGUGACUAAAGUGCCAGUGAAACAAGUGCCGCUUAAAAUGCAGUCUUUACUGGAGCCUUCAGUAAAGAUUGAAACUAAAAAUGUGCCCCUCACAGUACUGCCCUCCGAUUCAGGUAUGCCAGAUACUCCAUUUAGCAAGGACAAAAGUGGCCAUGUAAAGCGUCCAAUGAACGCAUUUAUGGUGUGGGCUAGGAUUCAUCGGCCCGCCCUAGCGAAAGCUAACCCAGCUGCCAAUAAUGCAGAAAUCAGUGUUCAGCUUGGAUUGGAGUGGAGCAAACUGACUGAAGAGCAGAAGCAGCCCUAUUAUGAUGAAGCUCAGAAAAUAAAACAAAGGCACAGAGAGGAAUUUCCUGGUUGGGUUUAUCAACCACGACCAGGCAAAAGGAAGCGUUUUCCACUGCCUGUCUCUGCUGUAUUUUCCGGCGCUUCUCAGAGUAUCAUCACUACAAAUCCAGCUGGCAUUUGUCCCUUCCAGUCACCAGCUUACUCUGUUGUCAUCCCCAAUGUUAAGAACAGCAUUGGACAUCCAGUCUGUGAGUCUCCUUCUGCCAUCCAUCUGCCGGCUUCUUCCAUUCAACAUGCUCUUUUCCAGACUACUAGUGCAAGCACCGCAUCAGCGGCUGUUCCAACUCCAACCCUGCCCCUGCGCCCUGUAAUUUCACCACAGCACUUUGCUGAACCUGCUCAGACAGAAGCUCUUGAUGUAUCAUCUGGGCUCAGUUGCUCCCUGAAGAGACCUACACCAGUUUUCAUUGAGAGCUUCAGCAGAAACCCAAGUAACAUAAUCACCACUAACGGCAGAUUUUCUGUCUCUAAUAGUGAGCCCCCAAAGGAGUACCCAGGGGUUUCUAUUUUUCCUAGAGGUGUACCUCUUCCCCAAGCUACCCCUUUUCUUCACUCACAUCUCUAUGAGUCUCUUCCCAUCGGUCAGCCAGCCAGUCUGUUUGGAGUACCUCCUCGGUUUUCAUUUCAGCACCCUUACUUUGUACCUGGACCUCACUAUUUCCCCUCAAGCACGUGCCCAUUCAGCCGACCUCCAUUUGGCUGUGGGAGUUUCUCCAGCUCAGUGCCUGAAUGCCUUGGCUUUUAUGAAGACAGGUACCAAAGACAGGAGGUGAUGUUUUCAGCUCUGGACAGAGACUGUCCUUUCAAGGAAUACCCAGAAGAAAGUAUACGUGAGGGCCGCCGCAGGUGUGAGAGCCUUGAAGUAGUGUCCUGUCACAGCAGCUGCAACGAGGAGCGGUAUUUAAGCCCCCUACCACAGCUGGACGUUGGAGCAUUGGAGGAGGUUUUGUCAGCCACCUCAUCCACUCCCUCCAGCAUCCACCUAGUCAAUGUAACUGACAGCGAUGAGGAAGAAGAAGUAAAGUUGUUGCGAGAAUUGUAA